GAAAGUUAAACUCUAAUUUCGUCAGCUGUUUAAUCUGUUCCCUGUGAUUUUUUAGUUUACUUUAUUUUAUAAUUUCCUGACAAAUUCUUCGUAUUAACUACCGUCGAAUGCUAUGAAUAUUUUUAAGUAGGAAAAAAAUGUGCAAUAUAUUUAUUAUUAUUAUUUCACUAUCCUUCCUUACGGUUGGUUACUAUGCUGAUGACAAGUGUAGAGGCAGCAUUUCUAGAGAAGAUAUUGAGAGUCAUUUGUCCACGAAAACUCCAUACCGUGCCAUAGCAAAUUUCAAUGACAAGCCAUUAGUUAUAGAAGGAUGCCAACCACAACGUCUUUGGGCUGUGAUUCGCCAUGGAACUAGAAAUCCAAGUAAAAAAGUCAUCAAAAAGGCCAAAACAAAAUUGAUGGAUAUAAAGCAAGAUAUACUUUCGAGGGAAGAUGUGGAUAUGUGCCCAGACUUUUUGCAACGUUUAAAAACAUGGCAGUUUAAUGUCAGUGCGGAGGAAGAGAAGUUUCUGGUUGCCGAAGGUGAAGAUGAGCUACUUGAAUUGGCUGAACGCAUGCAAAACCGAUUUCCCCAACUUCUGCCUGAGGAAUACGAUCCCAGCAGGUUCUACUUCAAAUAUACCGCCACUCAGAGAACUUUAAAGAGUGCCCAAAGUUUUGCAACCGGUCUAUUUGGUAGGCAUAAGAUUGGAGAGAUUGUGUAUCCGGAGGCAUUGCACAAGGAUCCAGUUUUAAGAUUUUAUAAAUUAUGUAGUCGCUGGCAAAGUGAUGUCGAUAAAAAUCCUCAAACAUUUGACAAUGUGCGUAAAUUUCUUCAAGGCGGACAAAUGCUGCAUGUCAUUGAACAUCUUCGUCAAAUAACCAGACUGUCACAUUUGGAUGCGAAUACUGUACGCUUGAUUUAUACAAUUUGUGGCUUCGAAACGGCUUGGCAAAGGCGCAAAGCACCUUCGGUGUGGUGUCAGUUAUUCGAUAGGAAUACUCUUAAAACCCUUGAGUUUGUGGAAGAUUUGGAAUAUUAUUGGAACGAUGGCUAUGGCUAUGAAUUAACACAUCGUAUUGCUUGUCCUGCUAUGGCGAAUAUGUUUAAGCAUAUCGAUCCCCAAUCAUCGCUGCCGAAUUCAACGUUUUAUUUUACGCAUUCCGGUACCGUUCUAAAGCUUCUAGCCCAUUUGGGUCUAUACAAAGAUCAAAUGCCUUUAACUCAUCAGGAUUUUGAUAAGGAACGCAAAUGGCGCACCAGCACAAUUGAUGCUUUUGCCAGCAAUGUGGCAUUUGUUCUAUAUGAGUGUAACAAUCGCGAACCCAUGGUUCUUACAAUGCAUCAAGAACGUGUAAUACACAUACCAGGAUGUCCGCAAGAUAGUGAUCUUUGUAGCCUAAGAACUUUGCGCCAACUUUUUGCUGACAGUGUAGAUAAUUGUAAUUUUGAGGAGAUGUGCUUUAAGUAGAACGAAGCGUUUUGUUCCUGCCCCAAAUGAAGGCGAAUGCGCACAAAAUUGUCAAAUGAUUUGAAAGGAGAUGUAAAAAAUCCCUUAAACCUUGUUUGCACUGCUCAUUAAGUCCGCAUUUAAGGCUCUCGUCAGCUGAUUUUAGAAAGGGAAAACAGAUGAUCGAGUCAUUAAAUACGGAUUUAAAGAGCCGUGUAAACGGGGUUUUAUGUACAUAUUAGUUAAAUCUUUGUAGGUGCAUAAAUGUAUGUGCGUGCAUCUAUUGUCUGUAACUGUAGAAACCACUGAACAACUGCAACUACUACCAUAUUUCUUAAAAAAAAACCUAACUUAGCCAUAACAGCCUUUUUUAGCUAAUACCACCAAAAUGUAAUAGACGACAAAACAAAAUUGUGAUGGACCGAUCAGCAGCAAACUAAUGCAGAGAAGAAAAGCUAGCCAAUGCACUCAAAAGUCAGAAAUGAUGAAAAUGCUUUGAUAUACGACUUUUAUUAAAAAUUUUUCUAUAUAUCCUAUAUAUACCUAGAGACCAUGAGAUGAAAAGUGUAGCAGGGGAGUUAUAUUGUAUAUAUAGCAUGUCCUUCCCUUCUAACUCUCCCCCUCGCAUUGUUUUUCCUAAUAGUUUUCUUUUUUAUAGCCUUGUUUCAAACCAUAAUACGUUUAGGUGAACGUAUUGUUCUUCUUUUUACAAAACAAAAUUCAAAUGAUUCUUUUGUAUACAUUUACAAUCAUAUGAACGUUCAUAGAUGCACAUACGCCCUCCCCCAUACUAUAUGUAUGUAUACAUAUAUAUUAAGACAUUUAUUUUAGAUUAUGUUUCCAAAACCUAUAGGGUUUAUAAAUAUUUUUCCGUUUUGAACAUAUGCCUACCAUACAUAUACAUAAACAUUUAUACAACAAACCCUUUUUUUCCCCCUUCCCCCUUAUCAAGAAGAAUAGAAAAAUUAUGUAUGAAAUUUGUUUUUUAAGAUUUAUUAAGAAAUUUCGAACGACGAUCACAAUUAUAAAAAAAAAAUCGAACUCUUUACUUACCAAUCAACAAGCAACCAGACAAGAAUAAGAAUAAAAUUAAUCAUAAGUGAUGAUAACACAACCCCCCCCCCCACACACACACACACACACAAC